ACUGCUCAUCAGCCGUCGGCGCUCCCCCAUUAUAUGUACCAUGCCGAUCGCGCAGCAGAGCUCACGCACUUCCAAGCAGAGGAGAACGAAGGAGAGACAGAGUGAUCGAGCGUACGUGAAGAGACACAGUCAAUGGAAGCCGCCGCGGGUCAGGGAGAGCGCCCGACGCCGCCGCCGCUGCCGCUGGGGGUGCGGCUCCAGCUGGCGGGGCUCACGGCCGCCAUCGACGCCGUGGAGCGCAGCGACGGCACCGUCAACCGCUGCCUCUACUCGGUGAUCGACCGCCUGCUGAGCGCGCGCGCCAACCCGCGCCCGGACGGCUCCGGCGUGCGCUCCUACGACUUCACCAUCGACGCCUCCCGCGGCAUCUGGGCGCGCGUCUUCGCCCCGGUCUCCUCGGCGGUGCCGCUGCCCGUCGUCGUCUACUACCACGGCGGCGGCUUCGCGCUCUUCUCCCCGGCCAUCGGGCCCUUCAACGGCGUGUGCCGCCGCCUCUGCAGCGACGUCGGCGCCGUGGUCGUGUCCGUCAACUACCGCCUCGCCCCGGAGCACCGCUACCCGGCGGCGUACGACGACGGCGUGGACGCGCUCCGCUUCAUCGACGACGCCGGCGGCGUCCCGGGCCUCGGCGACGGCGUCCCCGUCGACCUCGCCAGCUGCUUUCUCACCGGGGAGAGCGCGGGGGCCAACAUCGUCCACCACGUCGCCAGCCGCUGGGCCGCCGAGCACCUGCACGCCGCCAAGUCCCUCCGCCUCGCCGGCAUCAUCCCCGUGCAGCCCUACUUCGGCGGCGAGGAGAGGACGGAGUCGGAGCUCAGGCUGGAGGGCGUGGCGCCGGUGGUGAACCUCGAGCGCUCCGACUUCUCCUGGAAGGCGUUCCUGCCCGUGGGUGCCACCCGCGACCACCCUGCGGCGCACGUGACCGACGAGAACGCCGAGCUGGCCGAGGAUUUCCCGCCUACGCUGCUGGUGGUCGGCGGGUUCGACCCGCUGCAGGACUGGCAGCGGCGGUACGCCGACGUGCUGCGGCGGAAGGGGGUGAAGGUCCAGGUGGCGGAGUACCCGGACGGCUUCCACGGGUUCUACGGCUUCCCGGCGGUCGCUGACGCCGGCAAGGUUUUCCAGGAGAUGAAGGCUUUCGUGGAGAGCAACAGGGUGGCGCCGGUGAAAUCCACCGCCCGGUGAGGAAGAUGCCGUGAUCCAAGGAACGCGUGGUUCGGUGGGGGAUCAGUCUGUCUGCAUGCGUGAGAUGAGAUUUGUUCUAAUUUGAUCGUUGUGUACUUGUGUAGUGUGAUCACUCAUUACAAUGGAAGUUUUUAAUAUAUUUUUUGCGAAAUGAUUACAGGAGUUGUGAGUUGUGACAGACUGCCCGCUGCAUGCAUGAAUAUGUUUGUUUAAGCAAGAGAUGUGAGGCAUGGACAGGAAAAUGUAGCUUCUUGAUCGCUUAUAACAGUAAUAAAAUGUGCACAUUUAGACAA